UUCGUCUGUGAGCGUCAUCAAAUUCGUGCAUUAAGAUACUACAAUAUAAGCAAAAUUUCAUGGCGUCUGGACUUAGCUUGUCUGCUCUUCAAAAAGCUCAUGUUCGAUACUUCGAUCUCUCAACAAUGUCAGAUUCCGAGAAGAUCACAUUAAAGAAAAGAUUAGAGGCAGAGCUUGCUCUGGUGAGAAACGCAAUCGUGAAGGUUAAAGGAGUGCAUCAAGAUUCGGCGAGUAAGAAGAGGAAAUCGCGCGAAACAAGAAAACAGCAGAAGGAUGUUCUGGUCAAGAAAUCCAAAGUUUCUACUUCUGAAGGUGGCAAUAGAAGUGGAGUAUUGGAGAUUCAGAAGGACAAGGGUCAAAAGAUGAGCAUAUCUCGGAUAACAGAGUGUGGAGAAGUUUUGAUGACCCUCAUGAACCAUGAUUUUGGUUGGGUGUUCAAUGAACCGGGUGCUGUACAGAUGAGCAUUCCCGAUUAUUUGGUCAACAUCAAGAAGCCGAUGGAUUUGAGCACAAUCAAAUGUCGACUAGAAACGAAGUUUUAUUCGAGCGUCCUCCAGUUUGCCUCAGAUGUCAGGUUAACCUUCUCCAAUGCAAUGACAUACAACGUUGCUUGCAACCCCGUGCAUCUCAUGGCGAAAGAGCUGAAUGCCAUCUUCGACGAAAUGUGGAAAUCCUUGGAGUUGAAAUGGAGGAAGGAAGCUUCAGUCGCUGACAAUCCGCCAAAAGAACAAGUUUCCCCGAGCAGAGAUCUCCGUGAUGCGAUAUUGAAGGCAAAGGCAAAGAAGAAACUACUUGAGCAUGAAAGGAAGAAUCAGCAGCCACUAAAAGAAACGGCAAAGAACGGAUCUCAAACCAGAGCUACUGAAGCUACUACAGUGAAGGCCAUUGUCAAAAUGCAGCGAGAGCAGGAGCGGAGGGCAGCACGGUUGGCAAUUGAAAAGAUGGAAAAGAGUGUUGAGCUUUAUGAAAAUUUAGAGAUUUUCAGAUGUCACUUGGGAUACUCUCAGCCUGUGCAUCUUGAUCUAGCCGAUGGAGUAGCAGAAAACUUUAUGAUUGAUGUUGAACAGCAGUCUACUCCUGAGAAACCACUAGCAGAACUGGGGUUGUUCUUGAAGAAAGAUGACAUGGAUGAAGAGGUUGACGAUGCUCUUCAGCCAAAGCCGAUGGUUUGGAAGAGGGAGAAAUCCAUAUCCCAAAGUCAAAGAUUAUUUUUUCUUUAGUCUGAAAUUUUCAGAGCUGUUUAAAUUGUCAAUAAUUUACGAGCGCGGGUGUUUAUUUUGUU